CCACCUAAACCCUAGCAAUGGCUUCUUCUACCAAGCUCUCUGCAACCCUUCUCAUCUAUUCAGUCCUUCUCUGCUCUUCAACAUUCUCCAGUGCUUGCGGUACAUGCAAACCUGCACCAGAACCUCCAAAACCACCACCAACACCACCACCAUGCCCCACACCACCACCACCAACACCACAACCAUGCCCAACACCGGCACCAACAUCAAUAACACCAGCACCAUCACCACUAACACUGGCACCAACAUCGACAGUACUAGCACCGGCACCACCAGCACCAGCACUAGCACCACUGACCCCGGCACCAACACCAGCAUUAGCACCAUCGACACCGGCACAAGCACCAACACCACCAACACUAGCACCAAUAACACCGACACCAACACCAAUAGCACCAGCACCAUUAACACCUACACCAACACCAAUGAUACCAGCACCACCAACACUAGCACCAACACCAAUAAUACCACCGUCAGCACUACCAACACUAACACCGGCACCAACACCAAUAACACCAUCACCAGCACCACUAACACUGGCACCUACACCAAUAAUACCAGCACCACCAACACUGGCACCAUCACCAAUAACACCAGCAUCAGCACCGGCUAUGGAAACUUGCCCGAGAGACACGUUGAAGUUAGGGGUUUGCGCAAACCUUCUGGGGCUUGUGGACCUUCAAAUUGGAUCGCCAGAAACCAGUCCCUGCUGUGCACUGCUUGAAGGCUUGGCUGAUUCACAGGCUGCUCUUUGUCUUUGCACCGCGCUUAAGGCCAAUGUGCUUGGUAUUAACUUGGACGUGCCAAUUGCUUUAAGCUUACUUGUUAGUGCUUGCCAGAAAACUGUCCCUCCUGGUUUUCAAUGUGCAUAAGAUAAUUAUUCUUGUGCUUUGUUUUAGUGGUCUUAAUGUUGUUUGUUUGAAGUCUGUCUUCCUUUGCCUUUUAGUCAUGUAGGGGCACUGAUGCCCACUUUGGUACAAUAACAAGGCAAGCAUGUUUGUCUGAAUAAAUCUUUUGUAACGCUUCUUGUUAAAAUUUAGUUGUAUAAUUAUGUUGGAAAAUGAUUGUUGGCCUCAAUGAGGUCUAAGAUUUGUGGUAUCAAUUUUAGGUGUCAUGCAUG